AUUAGGGAACGAAAUUUCUUUUCAUUGGUUUCAUGUCGAAAGCCGGAAAAAAAACUGACGAUCAGCACGCAGUAACAAUUGAAAGAAUUCGAUGUCGUUUCCACGCGAUGAACCGUUUCUGGUGGAUAUUUAUAAGUCUGAUGCAAGAAGAAAUGCUUUCGAAAGACUGGACCCAAUCCAAGAGACUUAUCGAAGAAAUACGAGGAAAGCCAGCAGCUUGGGGUUGCCAAGUAUUGAUUCUGCCUAUGGCGACUCCGAAAGUUUGUCCCCUGUUUCUAACAGCAACAGUCAUGAAGACGAAAAAAGUGUUUCGACUUCGGAAUUUUCGUUCGACGAUUUCGAUGACUUUCGUAGCGAUUCAAAACUGUCUUCUAAUAAAAGGGCUGAGAGCUACAUGCUCUCUAAAAAGGACAUGCAAGAAAUUGAGGAUCGAGUUGAAGAAAAUCUAAGAGAAGAUUUCAAAAAGAUUUGGCAAAACGCUAGAUUAAAAGAAUUACAGAUAAAAAAGAAAUUCACCAGGGUUAUUGACAACGCUCGCGAUAUGCUGAUAGAAGCUCGAGUGCACGCAGAGAAAGAAGCUGUUAACAAGUUAGAAGAAAGAGCAGAAGAAAAACAGAGCGAGAUAAUGAAGAAGAGAUCUUUGAGGAAAUGGGAAAUCUUGAAAAAAAAGAACCAAAGAGAAGGGAGUGAAAUUCACGACCACAACUUUGGAGCCGGUGAUGACUGGGUGAGACAGCAAAUAGAGGAAAUGGCUGCCUUGAGAAAAAUCCAAUCAGAUUUAGAUCGAGCUCGGGCAAGACGAAAGAGUUCGACUGGAAUCAUCUCUGUUCUGAAGACAAAGAAAGCAGGAAAAAUAAAGCAGAUGAUGCAAACAGAGAUGCGUAAACUUGAGAGAAUCGACGAAAUCCAACACCUGAUUCAAGACCUGGUUGAUCUUGGGUUAAGUGAGCAGGCUGAUUCUUUACGCGUGUCCAUACAGUCCAAAGAAAAAGCUGACAUUACUUUGCGGCGUCAGCUUAAAGAAGAGAGAAAUAAAGCGCGCGUCGAGGCAUUAAAGAAAAAGGAAGAAGAAGUGGAAAAGUUACGCAUAAAAAGGAUCGCUGAGGUAGAGAGACUGGAACAAGAAAGAAAAGUGAGAGAGGAACAAGAAAGACGUAGGCGAGUGAUGGCGGCAUUAGCAAGAAAAGCUCAUAAUCAAGCACUUAAGCGAAGUUUUGAUCAAACUAAACUGACUUCACGGAUUUCAAGAUCGCACACUUUCUCUUUUUUCCCUCCUCCAAUACGAAAAUAGUAACUACAUGGGUUACCAUGGGUCGUCUGACAAUGAAUAAAUAAUGAACUGACCUGAUGAUCGGUAACAUCAAUGGGAAAACUCCGACUACCAGAAUCUUCUUUGCCACAGGGAGGAGUUCACUAUGGCAACAAUCACAAAAGCUUGUCACGCAACGUGGAAUUCUCCACUCCAGCGCUGCAUGACAGACCUAAAGAAAAGCUGAGAGCCGAUUGUGUGUAGUGAAUCAAAACGAAAAACGCGUUAGUGUAUUUAAACCACCUGAAGACAUAGAAAUCGUAAUGAUACCUUAAUAUCAAAACGAUUAUAUAAACCGCUUUUCAUUCGAAAAUAAUCUUAUAACAAAAAAUACAACCAAACAUUUCAAUAAAAUUGAAAGAGAGGUUAGUAUACAUACUGAACAAUAUAAUUGAUAACGUUUAUCUCUUUCUAGCAGGGAGAUAAAACAGUCAACAUCUUCUAUAAUUUAACACGCAAGUCUUUGAUCAUGAUCUGGACAUCACUGUCUAUCUCAAAAUGUAACCUUCAUUUUUCACGUUGGCUAUUUGAAACACAUCCACAUCAAUCUUCUAUUUCCCUGUUUCUGUCAACAAUUUUCUUUUUUCUUCUCCUUCACUU